AAUCGAAGUCACAAUUUAUUAAUGUUGAAGGAUAACCACGCUUUAUUUUCCAAUCCACCAGCGUUUUAUUAGUGUCCUCGCUCGCGCAAUUCCACAAUUUCAGCUGUACACGUAACACUACUCACUUUCCAGAAAUUCCAAAAACUUGAAGACUUUGGACUAUCUACUGGUGCUCAAGCAAACAUCUUUGGGGGAAAAUGAUCCGAUUCAUAUUAUUGCAGAACAGGCAGGGAAAAACUCGAUUAGCCAAAUACUACAUUCCUCUAGAGGAAUCCGAGAAGCAUAAGGUUGAAUACGAGGUUCAUCGAUUAGUUGUGAAUAGGGAUCCUAAAUUCACCAACUUUGUCGAGUUUCGGACUCACAAGGUCAUCUAUAGGCGAUACGCCGGUUUAUUUUUCUCGUUGUGUGUAGACAUUACGGAUAAUGAGUUAGCUUAUUUGGAAUCUAUUCACUUGUUCGUGGAGAUACUCGAUCAUUUUUUCAGUAACGUGUGCGAGCUAGACUUGGUGUUUAAUUUCCACAAGGUAUAUCUCAUAUUGGAUGAGUUCAUACUCGCUGGAGAACUGCAAGAAACGAGCAAGAAGGCGAUCAUUGAGAGGAUGGGAGAAUUGGAAAAGCAGGAGUAAAGAUCAUUUGUCACCAGUGUUCAGGAUGUUGGUCAAGCCCUAACUACGUAAAACCUAAAUGUAUCCGCUUAAUAUUUUUGACACGUGCCUUCUUUACCUUCUAGCCGACACGUAAAACCUAAAUGUUUGGGCUUUUAUUUUAUGCUCUUUUUUGUAAUAAGUUUUUGCAUACCAAAUUCAAUUUGAUUGGUGCUUUGUGCUUUGUGCUUUGUGCAUGCCUGGAAUUUUGGGUCCCUGAACGUUCAGUAAACUGCAUCUCGGGGGUGUGCUUUUCCAGUGAGGUUCGUUUAACCUCGAGAGAAAAAUGUGCUGCUCUUUGUAGGUACACGGAAACAUAAGGGUAGUUUUAGUAAAACAAGAUACACAAGGUACACACACCGCCCAUUACAUGGUGAUGGGGCUCUUUAUUUCUUCCGAAAGGGACCNNGAAAAAUA